CAAGGAUAUCGCGAUCUGUAAUUAUUAAACGUUAGCGCUGUUCUCGCCGUCUGGAGGGCAAAAUGGGGCAGAAAAUUAAGCGCAGACUUACCGUCAAGAGUCAGAUGAGGAGCGAGUCUCUGUAUAUCGCCCUCCCUCUGGGCGAGCCUCACCCGGAGGUACUCGCGCUCGAGAUCGUACAUGUACUCGUGGUUGAAUGGGCAUCUGGGCGUGGAGCAGGCCCAUUCGUUGUGGUGUUCGCGGCGCAGGGGCAGCUUGUACGUCGUGAAGCCGUUGCAGUUCGCCGGGUCGUCGCAGGUAUCGGUCUCGCUCGAGUCGGCGACCACGCCGCAGCCAGGACAGGUUCGACUGAGUCUGAGACACAUGAUGAUUUAGGGGAGAAGACUGAAAAUAUCAAGGUUGCUGCGUAGGUUUGAAGCAAAGGGGCGGACCAGACGCAAAACUGUUAAUGGAAGCGUUGAACGAGGAAGGUGUGCAGCACAACAACUGAACUUGAGAAAGUCGAGGCGAUUAAACUGGCUGGCUGGCUUCCUCCAACCGGACCC